AUGAAGGUAAUCCCACUUCCAUCUUAUGAUGAAGCUACAAAUGAGGUCAUUGUUACCAGAGCAACGUUAAUGGAGUGCAGAGGUAUUCGCCUUUCACCCAGUAAAUACAUCGAAUGGCAAAUUCGGGGAGAGGAAGACGAUUAG